AUGGCCACCCGCAAAGCUCUGAUUAACGUCCACCGGAUCAUCCGCUCGACCGCCGUGGUUAACCGGAGCUCCAUCACUCCUGCCGUCGCAACCCGAGCAUAUCCUAUAUUCCGAAAUGGAGUUGAUUUUGCGCCGAGAUUCUUCUCCCAAAAUUUCGGUAUCGAUCUCUCUAGUGAAGAGAAUAAGAGGAUAACGAUCAACAGAUUGUUGUAUAGGAGCAAGCAACGAGGGUUUCUGGAACUUGAUCUGGUCUUGGGAAAUUGGGUUGAGGAGAAUGUCAAUUCCAUGGACGAAAACGCUGUCAAAUCCCUAAUCCAUGUCCUUGAUUUGGAAAACCCUGAUCUCUGGAAAUGGCUAACUUCUCAGGAACAGCCUCCGGAGGCAGUGAGCUCAAAUCCGGUAUUCAUGGAGUUGCACGAGAAAGUCAUGAAGAAUCUGAACAAUCACGCAGCACCAGAGACUCGUGCAGCGGCUGGACAACCCUGGGUCAAAGGCUGGGACGAUUUCAAGAGAGGUCGUGACGGUCCCAUUUCAGGGAACCAGUAA